CGCGAUGGCUUCCCCCGGGCACCGCGACGCGCCGGAGCUGCCCGAUUUCGGCCUCUUGAAGCGCCUCGCCCGGGACCAGCUGGUCUACCUCCUGGAGCAGCUUCCCGGCAAGAAGGACCUGUUCAUCGAGGCCGACCUGAUGAGCCCGCUGGACCGUAUUGCCAACGUCUCCAUCCUCAAGCAACAUGAAGUGGACAAGCUUUACAAGGUGGAAAACAAGCCAGCCCACAGUACCAGUGACCAAUUGUGCUUUUUGGUCCGGCCACGCAUCAGGAACGUGAAGUAUGUGGCAGACAUAGUGAACGCUGAUAAGGCAGCUGGCCGGACCCGCAAGUACAAGAUUAUCUUCAGCCCUCAGAAGUUCCACACAUGUGAGAUGGUGUUGGAGGAAGAGGGGAUCUACGGGGAUGUGACCUGGGAUGAGUGGUCCUUCUACCUUCUGCCUUUGGAUGAUGAUAUCAUCAGCAUGGAGCUGCCAGAAUUCUUCCGUGAUUAUUUCCUGGAAGGUGAUCAGCGCUGGAUUGGCACUGUGGCCCAGGCUUUGCAGCUGCUGAACUCCCUCUUUGGCCCAUUCACCAGGACCUAUGGGAUCGGGCGAUGCGCCAAGAUGGUCCAUGAACUCUGGCGUGAUCUAGUAGAGGAGAGCGAGGUUGACAGCGUGGGCAGGAAGCCGGAGAUUGGCCACAUUUUCCUCAUGGACAGAGAUGUGGAUUACGUCACAGCGCUCUGCUCUCAGGUGGUGUACGAAGGCCUGGUGGACGAUACGUUCCGCAUCAAGUGUGGGAGUGUGGACUUUGGCCCAGACGUCACCUCCUCUGACCGAAGCAUCAAGGUGCUGCUGAAUGCCCAGGACAAGGUGUUCAGCCAGAUCCGCAAUGAGCAUUUCUCCAGUGUCUUUGGUUUCCUGAGUCAGAAGGCACGGAACCUGCAGGCGCAGUAUGACCGACGGCGUGGGAUGGAUAUCAAGCAGAUGAAGACCUUUGUCUCCCAGGAGCUGAAGGGCUUGAAGCAAGAACAUCGCCUGCUGAGCCUACAUAUUGGUGCCUGUGAGUCCAUCAUGAAGAAGAAAACCAAGCAAGAUUUCCAGGAGCUGCUGAAGACGGAGCAUGCCCUCUUGGAAGGGUUUGAGAUCCGCGAGACCAUCGGGUUCAUUGAAGAGCACAUCAACCGACAGGUCUCCCCCAUUGAGAGUCUGCGAAUGCUGUGCCUGUUAUCGAUCACAGAGAACGGGCUCACCCCCAAAGACUAUCGCUCCCUGAAAGCCCAGUAUCUACAGAGUUAUGGACCCGAGCACUUGUUGACAUUCCACAACCUGAAGCAUCUGGGGCUACUGACGGAGCAGGUGCCUGGGGAGACCUUGACAGCUGUGGAGAGCAAAGUCAGCAAGCUGGUGACUGACAGAGCCGCAGGGAAGCUCUCGGAUGCCUUCAGUUCACUAGCCAAAAAGAGCCAUUUCCGAGGGAUAAGCAAGAAGCUGGGGCUGAUCCCACGUGCGGAUGGGGAAUACGACCUGAAGGUCCCCCGAGACAUGGCCUACAUUUUCAGUGGUGCCUACAUCCCCCUCAGCUGCAAGAUCAUAGAACAGGUGCUGGAGCGCAAGAGCUGGCUAGGCCUGGAGGAGGUGGUGCGGCUGCUUGGUGGGAAUGAAUUCGCUGUUAUGGAUGCAACUGCAGAAGAGAACCUUGCUUGGGACUGCCAACGUGUUGUGCUGGCUGUCUUCUUAGGUGGCUGCACCUUCUCUGAAAUCUCAGCUCUUCGCUUCCUUGGCAGAGAAAGAGGGCUCAGGUUCAUCGUCCUGACAACAGCCAUCACCAGCAGUGCACGGCUGCUAGAAUCCAUGGUAGAGAUGAGGGCGUGACAGCCUGCAGCAAGGAAGGGAUGACGGGGAUCCUUUGAGUGUCCUUGGUGUUCUUUCUGAACCUGCAGCAAGUCUACCAGCAAGGAUCCCUCCCUGCAGAAAGGAAGCUGGGGCAUCUCUAUCCUUCACCACUCAGCAAGAAAGGAGGGCUCAGCUGUGCUUCCUUCCUGGUUUAGCCCAACUGCACUUCCUGGUUUAGCCCUGGAGCACACCUGCAGGAGCCCUGCCUCUUCAGUUGCAAUGUCAUACUUGAAACUUGGGCGGUCUCCUUCCCUGCCUACCCGUUGGUGCCAGCCCCUUAUGGCAUUUGGCUCUGGGAUUCCACUGGGAGAUGCCAAUUGCUGCCCCCACCAAUGUGACUUUCCCUAUUGUUGAUUUUCAUGCUGGUGGCACCAUGCAGGAUCCCAGAAUAAUGGGGGGGCUACUCAGGUAUGGGUGGCACCUGCCUUGUAAUAAAGAUUUGUCUGGCCAUUAA